AGAGUACAAGUUUUCGAUGUAUACGCCUAGCAUGAUAGCAGCUGCGAGCAUCGCAGCAGCACUUCAUGGACUCGAUUGGACUGGAAAGAGCGGUUUUGGAUUGCGGGGCCUUUUUGAUGAGCUUACUCGCAUCACGGCUAUUGAACAGGAUUAUUUACGAGGAUGUUUGGAACAGAUCGAAGAGAUGGUCACACAAGUACAAGGUGGUCACGUAAACGGCGAUGGUAAUGCUAAUGGUGAUGCCGGUGUCGAUGGACAUCAAGUAGUCUCAAUGAGUGUUUCUAGUGGACAACAAAGGCCAUUGGGGGAACAAACAACAUCACAGGAGAAGGUGAUCGAACAUGAGAAGGCAGGUACGCCAACUGACGUCAGGGAUGUUCAUUUCUGAACAAAAAGAACGACGACGACGACGAUAACAACACCACCAACAGCAUCAGCAGCAGCAGCAACAGCAACAGCAACAACAACAAUAACAGAUGCAAUAACAACAACAACAACAACAAUACCAACAACAGCAAUAACAACGACAUCAAUAACAACGACAUCAAUAACAAUAACAAUAACAGCAGCAACGAAGUUAGAUACGUUAUUAUUGAGACAUUAAAACGAAAAGACACUAUAGAAAAGGAAAAUAAAAGAAGAUUGAAAUAAUAA